CUAUAGAUGCCAUACAGGAAGCAAAUGGCUGUGGAGAAUGACUCCUCCAUAACAGAGUUUAUUCUGAAGGGAUUAACAGACCAACCUGAGCUCCAGCUGCCCUUGUUCGUGCUGUUCUUGGUGAACUACACAGUCACAGUGGUGGGGAACUUGACCCUGAUGAAUCUCAUUUGCCUCAAUUCUCACCUGCACACCCCCAUGUACUUUUUACUCUUCAACCUGUCAUGCAUUGAUUUCUGUUAUUCAUUAGUGUUUACCCCCAAAAUGCUUAUGAGCUUUGUUUCUGAGAAGAAUACCAUCUCCUUCACAGGAUGUAUGACUCAGCUAUUUUUCUUCUGCUUUUUUGUCAACUCUGAGAGUUUUGUGCUGACAGCCAUGGCUUAUGAUCGCUACGUGGCCAUUUGUCAACCACUGCUCUACACAGCCAUCAUGUCACCUGGAACCUGUUCUCUGCUGAUGUUUGGGUCAUACCUGAUGGGGUUUGUUAGUGCCAUGGUCCACACAGGGUUUAUGAUCAGGCUUGACUUUUGUGAUUCCAACAUCAUCAACCACUACAUGUGUGACAUCUUCCCUCUCCUCCCACUCUCCUGCAGCAGCACCUAUGCCAAUGAGCUUGUAAGUUCAGUUGUGAUUGGUACACUUAUCAUUUUAUCUAGCCUCAUUAUCUUAAUCUCAUAUGCUAUGAUCCUUUUAAAUGUCAUUCAUAUGUCAUCUUCUAAGGGUUUGUCUAAAGCCAUGGGCACUUGUGGGUCUCAUAUCAUAACUGUUGGUCUAUUCUAUGGGUCUGGACUUCUUGCCUACAUCAAGCCAUCAUCUUCUGAGUCUGUUAGCCAGGGGAAAUUUUUCUCAGUGUUUUACACUCUUGUGGUGCCCAUGCUGAAUCCUCUCAUCUAUAGUCUCAGGAACAAGGAUGUCAAACUUGCUCUAGACAGAAUGAUGAAAAGAUUCACAGGCUAA